AUGCCAAAUGAGGAAGGUGAAUCUUCUGAAUCAGAAGCUGAGACAUCAGAUGAAGGUGGAGUUUCUUCAGGAAAUGAUGAAAUUGUCCCAGAUUCAGAAGAAGAAUCAGAUGAAGGAGGACUUAGAGAUUACCAGCUUGCGAGAGAUAGAGAAAGAAGGGUCGGGAUUAAACGUCCGGGUAGGUUUGAUGAUCAGGAUGUAGCUGCUUAUGCUCUAAAUGUGUUUCAACGCAUGAAUGCAGAAGAACCUCAAACUUAUGAAGAAGCCAUAAGGUGCAAAGAUAGACUGAAGUGGAUUGCUGCUACUAAUGAGGAGAUGGAGUCUCUUCUAAAGAAUCAUACAUGGAAGCUGAUACAAAGACCUGAAAAAGAAAGAACCAUUGGGUGCAAAUGGAUUUUUAAGCUCAAGCCAGGAAUAAAAGGAGUGGAGGAACCUAGAUACAAAGCUAGGUUAGUUGCUAAGGGGUUUUCUCAGAUUGAGGGGAUUGAUUAUCAUGAAGUUUUUUCACCAGUAGUGAAGCAUACAACUAUACGGCUGGUGUUGUCGAUGGUGGUCGAUCAAGAUUUGGAAUUAGAACAGUUGGAUGUAAAAACCGCUUUUCUACAUGGAAAUUUAGAUGAGAAGAUUCUAAUGGAACAACCACAAGGGUUUGAGAAGGGAAAUCAGGAUUAUGUCUAUUUGCUGUUAUACGUUGAUGAUAUGUUAGUAGUAGCAAAAGACAUAAAGGAGAUCACAAGACUGAAGCACAUAUUAAGCAGAGAAUUCGAGAUGAAGGAUCUCGGAGCAGCAAGAAGAAUACUUGGGAUUGAUAUUUUCAGAGACAGAAAAAGAGGUAUUCUUCAAUUAUCUCAGCAAGAUUAUCUUGAAAGAGUUCUUAAAGAUUAUGGUAUGUUGGAAUCUAGAUCAGUUCAGACCCCUAUUGGUACUCAUUUUAAACUAUCUAGUACUAAGGCAGAGGAUAUGGCUGAUACUGAGAUUGAGAUGAAGGACAUAUCUUAUUCUAAUGCUGUUGGAAGUCUCAUGUAUGCUAUGGUUAGCACAAGACCUGAUAUUGCUCACGCUGUGGGACUUGUAAGCAGAUUCAUGAGCUCACCUUGCAAAGAUCAUUGGAUGAGAGUUAAAUGGGUGUUACGAUACAUAAGGAAUACAACAGAUUUCAAGCUAACAUUCACCAAGUCAGAUAAGUUUGAAGUCAAAGGCUAUUGUGAUAGUGACUAUGCUGCAGAUUUAGAUAGAAGGAGGUCAAUUACCGGUUAUGUCUUUCAGACUGGUGGGAAUACUAUCAGUUGGCGUUCUGGACUUCAGCAUAUCGUGGCUCUAUCAACGACAGAAGCGGAGUAUAUGGCUCUGGUUGAAGCAGCUAAAGAAGCUCUCUGGUUGAAAGGGAUUGUUGUGGCUGAAGGAUCCCUGCAAAUUUCUAAGAUAAACACAAAGGUGACCGGCGGUGAAGUCGGAGAAGGCGACGGUGAAGUCGGAGAAGAUGACGAGAGAGGUAAAUCUCUCGGAAGUUCUGUCUGA